AUGGCUUGGUUCAAUUAUUAUGUGCGCGUAGGAUAUCAUAACAAGGGGCUAAAAGUAUGCCAGGUCAACAAAAUCAUGCUCACAAAGACAAAGAAACGUGCCACUCCACGACAAAGAGAACUCAGACAAGCUGUUGAAACUGCUUUCUUCCAGCACCGUCUCUCCUCAAGACAUCUAAACCCCAAACGCCGGCGACGCUGA